UCGUAGCACUUUGUUGAAUGCGUGGUGUAUGUAUGAGGUAGUGAGAGAAAACGUGCUUGCUGAAAAGCCUAUCAUUUUAGCUAACUAGCUAGUUUGAGAGUGUGAAUGAAGUGAAGUGUAAACUCAAAUAUUUAGUAGUAUUUAUUUUUUUGUAUGUAAUCAUCGUAUGCGAAAAACGAAGGUUAACAGUUGGGAAUCUGGCUUGCUAGUUAGCUUAUUGCUAGCUAACAUCCAGCAUUUUCGUGGCUGCAGAGCUUCAGUUCGAUUAAGGCAGCUUGUUAGGCUUGUGGACAGAAUAGUUUCAGAAUGUCCAUAAGCAGUCAGAAGACCACCAGUCGGGCAAUUCCGGCCACCAGACGAGUGACAGUCAACGACGCGGCCCAUUUGCCCCAAGAUUAUUCUACAACGCCUGGAGGAACAUUGUUUAGCACGACCCCUGGAGGCACCCGGAUUAUCUAUGACCGAAAAUUCCUGUUGGAUUGUCGCAGCUCUCCGCUGGCUCACACCCCUCCAUGCUGUCUCCCUGACAUUCCAGGGGUGACCAGCCCUUCCACUACCAGCAAUGAAAAGGCUCGUCCAAAAGAUAUCCUCAACAUCAUCAGCUCUCCAGUGGACAAGGGUGCAGGGGAGGAUGCCCAGUUUGAAAUGGACAUCUAGCUGCAAGGAGUGUCCAUUAUAGCAAAGACAUAUAUUACUGUGAUGUUGACUGUAUCCUAAAAGGACAAAUGGAACGUGAGAUUUCUCUAUCCUUGUCAUCUUACGUUUUUCAUUUUCAACUGCUUUUUUCCUGUAUUAAUGCUGUCAUUCAAGACAAGCACAAGCCAUUACAUAUCAGUCAUAAUAUCAACAUACACUGAUGUGCCUAGAAGUGCCACUGUCUGAGUUGUCUGAUAGUGCCACACAAGCACACUGCUGCAGGUAUUCCUGUCUAUUUAUGUUUAUGCUCAAAGGUUUGGCUAAAUCUAGUACAUGACUUUUAUUUGAUCCACCUUGUGUAGUUUGCUAAAUGACCACUGGGGGGAGUAGGAGUUCGUUUGGAUUGAUUUAGUUUGAAUCGUGCUGGAAGCCAUCCAAACUGCUCUUGCGGACUAAGACCACGCUACAUUCGCACUUGUUCGCAGUGUUACCUUUUGUACUGAUAAAAUUCAAGAAUGUUUUUCUUCUGAAAAGUAUUUUCACUUGGUGUGAUUCAAAUGAAUGUAAAUUGCCUUUUUAUUUUGUUUAUGCAGUGUAAUUCUCUUCAAUUUAAAAGGAAUAUAUUAUACCCCAUUGUUCCUUAAGAGACAUUAAAGCAUGUCAAAAAUGCUGCAAAUGAGCAAAUAAAAAGCAUCUGAGAAUUCA